UGUAGUCUGACUCUCUGUGCGCUCAGGAACAGGGCUCCGGCAGCGGCGCACACGUGUUGGUCGGCAGGCCGCGCCGCGGGUCUCCUGGUCUUGGUAGUUUCCCCGGAGGGCGCUCUGGGCCGAGGUCUCCGGAGUCCGCGGUCUGGGGACGGAGUAACCGUCGGGAGAGCUGCGGGGUCCGGCCGGCCGGGGCCUGGGACGGACGGUGUCGGGAGCUGACUGGACCCGAGGACCGUGGCCCUGGCCCCUCCCUGUGUGCAGAGACUCCGGGGUGGGCGUUGCGGGUCGGACCUGACCGCCGUCGAGGUUUGUUACUCGCCUUUCCCAGCUCUGACUCGGUCGAGAGCUCGGAGUCGGAAGAGAUGACGGCCACGGGGCUCUUGGCUGCCUGCCUCCCGGUGAGUGGCCUCUCCUCUCCCUCCUGAUGGGCUGGGCCUGGACCCCAGGCUAGGGGGCAUAACUCCCCCGACUUCGGACCCUCAGCACGUCGUUCUGGCCGAGGAGGGAUGAACAGAAGAGGCAGAAAACCGCCUUGUCCUGCAGUCCUUAAGUGUAUCAAUAAAGCCCUAGAGCCAGUGAAGAUCUAGUCACAAAGCCCCCCGGCAAGAAACUUCCUGACCCGAAUGGCUUCAGCUACCACCCGUUUAAUGAACAAACGAUUCUGGUAUUUCCAUCAUCUGGAAUGAUUUGUCUAAAAGAGGGAGCAUGUCUCUGUUAAUUCUUAUGAAGCCCGCGUAACCUGUGUUCCAAAAGUUGUGCACUUCUCUCAGCUCAGGCUCCUCCUUUGAAAGGACAAAAAAACAGACUCCAGAAAGUGGCAACUACUUUCUCAGACUGUUUCCAGGGUUAAGUGAAUUUCCGUUAGAGAAAGUGCUGACUUAGCAUUGCGCUCAGCCUGGAGAACUCUUGGCAAAUGUUAACAUUAUUAUCAGCAGUUAAUAACAUCAUCUUUUUAUGCCUGAUGUAUAAAAAGGAAGAGGAAUCCUGAAGGAUGACUGUACAUUUUGAUCUUGUGGAGGAUCCCUAGUUUAUCAAGAAAUGCGUGAGAUUCUUAGGGGGUAAACAUUUCAGUAUUAUGGGGGCUCUCCUCUGAAAUGGCUGAUGGAGGCCCCCAGAUCCCCCGGGGAGCCUUGAGUAUCCCUCAGAAGCCAGAACCUUCUCAGGACGCCUGAGUCCAUCCUCACGUUCUCAUGUAUGCUGCUCCCAGCCCUUGUGGGAGCUUUGCAGAGAUCAGGGUCUUAGCUAAGCAGACACGACGGUGACAUUUCAGGGGCAGUUAACCUUCGAUGAUGUGGCUGCGGACUUCACUCAGGAGGAGUAGGGGCUGCUGGGCCCUGGCCAGAAGGCCCUGUACCACAGCAUGAUGCUGGAGACCUUUAGGCACUUGGUCACUGUGGGUGAGGCUGUGCCUUGUGUUGACUUGCAUCUGCCUGGGGUCUUGGCAGAGUGGGUGUGACCUGACUGGGAGUGUGGGGUCAUUGAACUCUAGAAGGGUUUCUCUUCUUCCAAACCCUCAAGGCCUGAUCUCUCACUUGGACAGUGUCUUGGAUCUUCAAACCAGCUAUCGUGGUCCAGCUAGAACUCGGAGUAGAGCCAUGGAUAAUGGACAGAGGACUCUCCCAAGAUUCCUGCCCAGCAUGGAAGAACAGACCUAAAAGGCAAGAGUCACCAUCAACAGAGGCCAUUUCUGGUGACAGAUUACCCAGCAGCAUGAACCUGGAAAGAUACACAAUGGGUGAUUCCUGGUGUUCUACCAUAUCAGAUGACUGGAAAUCUGAGGAUGAAUCCGAAAAGCAGAAGAUGUACAGUGUUAGUGUGGGGCCAGUGGAAUAUGAACAAGGGCAACUAGUGACCCCGGAUGGGGAUUGGGAAAAUGCUGAAGUUGUGGGGAAAUGCAGCUUCUAUUCCGACUUUGUUUCUUCACAGAGAUUUCUUAUCAAAGAACAUUUUAAUAAACUGACUCAGGAGUUCACAGUUUACAGCAUAAUUUUGUUUUUCAGAAUCAUCAGGAAAUCUUGGUAGAAAAGAAAUCUUGUAAAGGCAAUCAAUGUGGAAAAGUCCUGGAAAAAUUGUGUGGGUAUUGCAGUUGCUUUCAAUAAUCACCCAAAUCCACUGUUCCUGGGCAAGCUCCUGGUGGAUUAAUCCUGCAGGAUGGCAGCCAUCAACCCGUGGGCUUCCUGGGGUAUCUUUACGGACCAGUCCUGGGGGAUGGCGGCUGUUGACCCGUGGGCCUCCUGGGCUCUGUGUCCUCAGGACUCUACCUGGUGCGUGGAGAAGACCCCUGAGGAGAGAAGGAGGGCCCCCAGGCUUCUGACAGCCCAGGCCCAGGAACCAGUGACCUUCAAGGAUGUGGCUGUGGACUUCACCCAAGAGGAAUGGGGGCAGCUGGACCCUGUUCAGAGGACCCUGUACCGUGAUGUGAUGCUGGAGACCUAUGGGCAUCUGCUCUCUGUGGGGAAUAAGAUCGCCAAGCCCGAGGUCAUCUCCCUGUUGGAGCAAGGAGAAGAGCCGUGGUCAGUGGAGCAGGCAUAUCCUCCUCAAGGCGCUUGUCCAGAAAUGUGAGCUGUUAUUUUCCAAGGCUACUGCUGAGUUGAGGAGUCAGAUGGGAUUAGGGUUUUCAUUUACCUUGGGUAAAGACCUAGGAGUGGAACAGCUGAGUUGUAUGGUAAGUAAAUGUUUAACUUCAUAAGACACUUCUAUGGGCCUUUUAAUCUGAUGUCUUUAUUUUGUUUUACAUUCUGGGAAAUUUAUCUCUUAUUUUUUAAUAUUUCAUUUUUGCCAUUUAAAAAGUUUCUCUUUUUAGGACUCUAUUUAGAUGUCAGCGUAUCUGUGUCUGUUGUUCAUAUCUGUUACCUGCUCUUUUAUGUCCUCUAGUUCCUUCUCCUUUCUUCCUUUUGUCUGGACAUUUCCUCAGCUUGCUAAUUUGUUUCUCAGCUGUCCAUUUUGCUGCUCAUUUCCUCUAUUGUGUCUUCAUUUCAACCACUAUUUUACAUUUCUAAUAUUUCUACUUGGUUCUCUUUUAUGUGUUCUUAUUCUCAUUUCCUAUUGUUAGUAUCAUGCCAUAUCUCUUUAAAUGUACUUAAUUGACUAAGUUAAAAUUUUGGUCCAUCUGUUCUAAUAUACGUGCUUCUGGUGGAAUCUGUAAUCCAGUGUGGUGUUUUUCUUUUUGAAAUAGUUAUGCUCAGAAAUUUGCUUACUGCCUGGCCAGUGAGCACAUUUAUUUCUCUUAGGGAAGCAGCUACUCCAUCAGUUUUUAUGCAUACAUGAGACAGGAUCAGAUCCUGGUCCCUGUAAACCCCACUGAAUUCAGGGGUGGGAGGAUGGAUACUAGGAUGGAGAGGUGAAGGCAUCAGAAAGCAAUCACUGACUUCUUACCUCACAAGAUAACUGAAACGUGAUUCACCAGCCCAGGGCUCUGUGGAGGCAGGGUGGAGAAACGUGCCUGAUGUGAUGUAGUCUCUGCGUGUCUCUCAGCUACUCCAAAGCCCUGCCUUGAUUCCACUCCUCAGGAAGCCUGAACCAGAGGCUGUGUCACUGCAGCUGUGGGUGAUGCCGGACCAUCCAGUCAACGAAUUCUCCUCACUUUCCACCUCACUGCCCUGUCUUUACUUGCUUCAUCGCACACGUCAAUACAGAACAUCACCUGGUCUAUUUUUUUCCUUCCUUACUGUCCACACCAUCUCCCGAAACCACACACUAGGCUGUGAUCUCCAUGGGGGAGGGCACCUCGUUGGUCCUGGUCGUGCUGUGUCCCUAGUGUCCAGUACAGCACCUGUGGUUCUGUGAGUGCUUGGAACACACCAGCAGGUUGUUGCUUGUGCUUCCCAGCAGCCCGACCUCAUCAGGUGGGGUGGCCAUGAGUUCUCAUCAUCCUGGGUCUCCUGACCAUGGAGAGGAGACUGGGGGUGACUGUGGAGUGGUGCCCACAGGGAGGAGGGCUUCGCAAUCAUAGACAGAUGGUCAAGAACCCCUGUAUGUGGGAGAAGGACUAGUCAGAAGGCUUGACCAUAAAAUGGGGGGUGGGGGUGGAUAUCAGAGACACCACAAAUCAGACUCACCUUGUGGGUAGAGGAGAGAAGUGGCCAGGAAUGUGGGCGGUGCUGCUCCCCAGCAACACAGAGUCUUCGAGUCACGAGGGUCAGGGCUCAUCCCAGCCUUCCCUGCAGAUGCUGUUCUGUCUGCACAGGCAACACCCUCCCUUGUGUCGUCACAGAGACAAAAUCCCUCUGCAGAUGGAGUGAGCAGCACUUAUGGGCAACACUGUGCUCAAGGUGGGUCCUCGUGGUGGGAGGAACUGCUGAAGAGUCUAGACGAGUAUUUAUGCCCUGAGGAUGGAGGGUCCCCAGUUGGAGAACUGGGGGCCCGAAUCACAGGGAACCCGAUCAGAUUUUCCAGCAGAAAGUCACUAAGUUUGGCCUUGCUCCCCAAACUCCUGAUCCUAAAAGUCACUUGGGGGCUUAUUAAAAAUAUAGACCUCCUGGCCCCAACCCCGAUCCGCUAGACCCAGUGCUCUGGAGAUUCUUGUCAUGCUGGGAGCAGACAUCCAGUGGGAUCUGAUAUGGAAGGAAGCCAGCUUGGAUUGGGGUCAUUAUGGGUCCACCUUGGGCAGAACCCAAGCAAGGUGUGAGGGACUCUAACCCGGCCCCAUGCAACGAUGACACCAUAGGAAAAGUGGGUAGCCCAGGCUUCAUGUGGCCUAGAGGGGCAACCCCAAGAUCCUCUUCAAAGGGUUCUGGGAUAAAGGAGGGGUGAAACCUGGAGGUGAGGGGUGACAAUGUUGAACCUUACCUCCAGGCUCCUGGAAAACAGACAGUUGAAUCCCUCCAACCUUUUGUGUUCCAGGAAACGGCUUACUGUGAAGGACAGAUGGGACUCUUGACCCCUCUUUCACAUAGGACAAGGCUAGAGCCAGACUCUCCAAAUUUCCACUCACUCUCAUAAAUGAUUAGCUAGACUGAUCAAUCAGAACAAAAGUCUGUUGAGUUGACUUCACCAAACUUUAGUUCAGCUUCUUCCCUCCCCAAAGACCCUUGAACUCUGACUUACUCCUAAGGUUAAAUAAGUAUUCGAAUGCAGGAAAGUGGCCCCUCUCUAGAACCAGCUGACAGCAAGACAUCUCCUGCUGCAGUCCGAUAUUCCACUCCCCACACCCGGUUCUUUCUAGCCUUGUUCACUCCUCCCUAUGAAAGAAAGUUCCUUUCUGCGCAACCUUGGAGAUGCUUGCAGAUCUUACUGUCAAGAGUGUUCUCCCUACUGCAACAGUCCCCCUCUCCUUACUGGAAUCGUCUUUCUGAAUGUAGUCUCUCCUUACCUAAGCUUGAUUUUGUUUUCUGUU